GUAAGCAUCUUGACAAGUUAUGACAAGUUUAACAAAUAUUUGUGAAACAUCCCUCACUGUAGGUCGUUGUGUAUUAAGUUUUUUUUCAAAUUAAAAUGAAUAGAUUCGAAGAUGAACUGCAAGUACAAAUUCGCAGUUGAGGAGGAGUUAGAGAACAUUAAACAAAGCGUGAAUGUGCUCGCACUGCUCGAUCAUCUUUAUGAAGCUGGAAUAGCGUCUAAAGAAUUAUGCAGCAAAAUUCGGGAGGUACCCGAAGGUCAGGCAAAUGAGAUGUUUUAUGAAGAUUUGUUGAAUUAUGAGACCAAGUAUGAGAAGUUUGUAAAUGUUAUUUUAAAAACACAUGUUGAUUGGAUUUAUGAUAGGAUUAGGCGUAGAUUGGAAGAUAAAGUUAAGAAUGAGGAAUUAUUUAAAAGCGUUUUAAACUUUGGUGAUUUUCCUAGAAAACCCUUGCAUUAUGUAAAUAGGAAAGAUAAGACUUGGAUAAAUCGGAUUACCCAAGUUCAAAAUGUUCUCCAAAAGCUACCUGUUGAUGGAAAGGUUGUUUUAUACGGAAUGGCCGGUUCUGGAAAAUCAAAUUUGGUCGUUGGAAUAAUGAAUGUUGACUUAGUUUUGGAAGUAUUUGGGGGAAAAGUUUAUUGGAUAACAGCGGGGGAUAUUAAUUCAGAUCAAUUACUAAAAUUAUUAUCUAAGUUGUAUUUAAAAUUGUGUGGAAAUGAAUGGAACGAAAAUUAUUCAUCAAUUGAAAGCCUUAAAAUUAAAUUACAAAGAAAAAUACGCGAAAAACUACUUUAUAAUCAUAUGUUAAUCAUUUUGGAUAACGUUUAUGAUAGAUCUGUUAUUGACGCUUUUGAUUUGGGUUGUCGAAUCAUGAUUACAACUCAAAAUAAAAGUAUUUUGGCUAAUGAAUCGAAUACUCAUCUUAUUGAGGUUGAUGGUACUUUUAAAAUUGAUGAAACUUUCGAAUUAUUCGCUAGUUGUUUAGGUGUAAACAUAGAUGAGAUUAAAAAGAAACCAGAAGCAAUGGAAAUUCAUCAUUUAUGCAAAGGCCACCCGCUUAGUGUGGCUCUUUUUGGCUCACUCAUGGUGACUCAAAAAGAGAGUUUGUUAAAAAAUAAAUCGUCGUGGAAGUCAUUUUCUGAAAUGUUAAAAGGAAGAAAUUAUCAUGAACAAAAUAGUGCCAUAAAAUCAUCAAUAGCAAAUUUAGAUAAAAACCUGCGUCAAAAAUUCGAAGAUUUUUCAAUUUUUCCCGAAGACGUAAAUAUAACAUCAAAAGUUUUACAAACUUUGUGGCGAUUGGAUGAAUUUUCCGUUAACGAUAUCAUGACCCAAUUAGAAAAUAAAUCAUUAGUUGUUUCGUACUAUAAUAAUCACGAUCACAGUUAUAAUUACGGAAUCCAUAUUGUUUUGCUCAAAUAUUUAAAAAGUACCGUUCGUAAUAAUGACGGCCAUCAGAGACUGAUUGAUAACUACAUGAUCUCAUGUAACAAUGACUACGCUAAACUUCCAGAUGACAAUUACAUUUAUCAGUAUAUAGGUUAUCAUUUAAAAGAGGCUGGUUAUGUGGAUAAGUUUAAAAUUUAUUUCGAUUUAAAUUUUAUCGACGCUAAAAUUAAAGCUGCCGGCGUGGGAGAUUUAUUAAGAGAUUUCGAUUUAUACGAAAAACAAAUUUUAAACGAUCCAAGUUUGGUGCAUAAAAAUCUCUUGUGUGAAUUAAAAAAUUUCGUUGGAAAUUACGGGAGGCACUUACAUGAUCAAAAAGAAUUAAACUUAGUUCAGAGCGCUUUGAUGUACUCCAAAGAAAGUACUUUGAAAAAUUUAGCUUUAGAUACUGCAGCUGAUAACAAAAACGAUUUAUAUUUCGAUAUUGGUUGUUUUCCGGGAGGGUGUAAAUGCGCACCAAAGAAAUAUUACGUCCCAGAACCAACAACUUUUGUGUGUUUUGCACUUCACGAGACCCAAGUUUUUGCUGGAACGAAAGAAGGCGAAAUCGAAUUAAUUGAUUUAACAGAUCAAAAAACAAUAAGAAACUAUAAAGGACACACACAAAGAAUAAUUUACAUUGAAGUUUCACCCGAUCGUGAUAAAUUUCUUUCAGUUUCCGAAGAUGGAAGCGUUGCAAUUUGGCACUUAGAAACUGAUUUAAACACAUCUCAACCGUCCAUUAAGCAAAACAAUUACAAACACUUUUAUAACGAUGAUAAAUCGUUAAAACCAUCCGAAAUUAUUCGCCUUGAAAACUCGAAUAUUAUUUCGGCAACUUUCGGAAAUCGAACCGAUUCGAUUUUAAUUGGAACAAACAAAGAUUUCGUUCAGCUUUGGACGCUAACGCCGAAUAAUUUAACGGAAAUGUGGAAUUGUUGUUACACAAUCGAAAAAGAAAUCUCCUGUAAGUUAUCAGUGAAGCACCUCAAAUUUUUAUUGGACGAUGAUUUGAUUGUUGGAGCUGAAUCUGAUGAAUUAGUUGUUUAUGAUAAUUGUGGGCUCGAAGUUUUGCACUCGAAUCUUGGAGGAAAAAUAACAUCGUUGAUAGUUGUUGAUGAAGACUCUUUCGUUACGAUUUAUGGUGGGACGGUUUCUUGGUGGAGCGUAGUUUCGAAGAGAAUGCCCGGGGAAUUAGUCCCAGGGAUUAAAGAAAAAAUAAUUUGUACACUCGAUGAUUCAAUUUUUUUAUUAGGCUUCGUCGAUUUAAUGAGAUUUAAUGAACGAAUACUUUACGUUAUGUCCGAUGAUAACAAAACUCGGAUGUUUCACAUCCCAUCAGGGACAUUAAAAGGAAUCUCGAAUCAUUACGAAUCAGCUAUUUUUGUCGAUAUAUAUCAAUUUAGCGAGAAAACAACAACUUUUCUUUAUCGUUAUUCAGAUAACACAAUAAAGGUGCACAACACCAAAACGAUAAUGCAAUCAAUUUCAAGAAGAACACCGAUUUUUGAUUGUUAUUGGCCCAAAUCGGAUUCAAUUUUCCCGAGAACUGUUGUUGUUAAAGACACGAAUACAUUAGAAAUUUUUAACAACCACCAACCAUUAAAAGAUUUAACAACACCAGUUAAUAUCCGAACAGUUUGUUUUUCCCCGUGCGGAAAUAAAAUCCUUUACGGAUUAGAAAACGGUGAAGUAAUCGAAUACGAAAUUAAAACGAAUUCCACAUCAAGAAUUUUACGCUUAUCUUCCCCCGUUGUUUAUUUAAAAAUUUUCGGAAAUUUACUAUUAGCCGGGGGACUUAAAGGCGAUCAAAUGUUGCGAUUUCAAGAAGAAAACAUGUCUUUAGUCACCAUAAAUAAGGUGUCAUCAAUCCAAUUUGAACCCGUAAUCGAAACCUUUUAUUUAAACGAAAUUGAUUGCUUAAUCACAAUCAUGAAAGAUCGCGUUAUUAAAUGUUGGAAUCGCUGUACGAGUUCAAGAAGAUCUUUGGAUGUUUUAAGGGGUCGAAAAAGCGAUGCCCGACAAUCUUACUCCGUUACCUCAGCAACAAUGAGUAAAGACAAACGGUUAUUAGCGAUCACAAUGACGAAUAUGUUUGAUGUUUUUGUUGUGGAUAUUUGUAAUGGGGCGGUUGGUUUGAAGGAUUUAAGUGGGAGGAUGGUUAAUGGAUGUUUGUAUUGUUGCUGUUUUAGUUUUGAUUCGAAAUUUGUUGCUUUUGGUGGUGAGGAUAAAGUUAUUACGGUAUAUUUUAUUAAUAUUGAAAAGCAAAAACUUCAAGAAUUCGCCAAAUUACAACUUCACGUAUCUCCUGUUCGAUACAUUUUAAGUUCUCCAUAUUCCUCAUUGAUUUUCGUCAGUGUAGGAGAACAAAUCGCUUGGUGGAAUUUAGCUAAAUUACCGUCAAAUAACUUUGUGAGGAGACCAAGUUUGAGGCAAACGAAUUAUCGCGAAAUCUUAUCAUCGGACGUUUCAAUAUUCUCCAAUGAUCCAAUCUCGAAUAAAUCGGGCGAUUUUAAUAAACCAUACCUGUUGAGGACAAUCAAAUUGAAGGGAUCUUAUGCGAAUUUCGUUUCUGUGUCAUCGAAUUUUACUAAUUUCAUUACGUUGGACGAUGAGGGAAUCAGCUAUCACAUAAAAGUCUUAAAUAAUGAUUUAAAGAAUUAAUGAAAAAUAAAACGAAAUAUUAGAGACUUAUGGGUGCUGCAAUUUGAACAACAACGUGACCAAAUGUGUUCACACCAAUUAAUUAUUAAUAUUAAUUAUCGAUUUAUUCUUGUGAUUAUAUCAUGUGAUGAUGUCGUAAAGAGGAAUUAGUUUUCUUUAUUUGAAAUGACGUCAUAGUCUCAUUUUUUUUUUUAAAUAAUAUUAGAUUUUAAUUUUUUUUAUUACCUACUUGUAUUGUUAUGCAUUUAUUGUGCAUUAUUAUUAAUCGAGGUUAUGAUUAAAAAAAAUAUAUUAAUA